AUGACUUCAUCGGAGGAGGGGCAGCUUCAGGGCGACCCCGCGCCAGAACUUCUCGAGGGCCGCAUCUGGGUCGACGGGUGCUUUGACUUCUUCCAUCACGGCCAUGCCGGCGCCAUCGUCCAAGCUCGCCAGCUCGGCGACGAGCUCUACGCCGGUGUUCACUCUGACGAGGCCAUCCUCGCCAACAAGGGCCCGACUGUCAUGACACUCGACGAGCGAAUUGCCGCGACCGACGCCUGCCGCUGGGUCACCCGCUCCAUCGCCAAUGCCCCCUACGUCACCCACCUCGAGUUCAUAUCCCACUACGGCUGCAAGUACGUCGUCCACGGCGACGACAUCACCUCCGACAGCGACGGCAACGACUGCUACCGCUUCGUCAAGGCCGCCGGCCGCUUCAAGGUCGUCAAGCGCUCCCCCGGCAUCUCCACCACCGACCUCGUCGGCCGCAUGCUGCUCUGCACCAAGACCCAUUUCAUCCACGACCUCGACCGCGUCCUCGCCGGCGAAGAGGGGGCAGGGGAUGCUGACGAGCGCAAGGCGAACGGCAAGGCCAUGCUGGAUCGUAUGCGGCUGUACGCCACCGACGAGACGGCCAAGGCGCCCGGGGCCGACGUCUGGGUUUGGUCGCAGUCUGCCGACGGCAAGGACCAGUUCAAGAAUAUCAUCGCCGGCACAGGUCUGAGGGCUCACCCGGGGCCUCUCGUCCAGCCUGGAGGCCCUCAGAUCGGCCAGCGGGUCAUCUACGUGGAUGGAGGCUUUGAUCUCUUCUCGAGUGGCCACAUUGAGUUUCUGAGACAGGUGGUGGUCACUGAGGAGGAGCACGCGCGGCAGCAUGGCUGGUUCGAGCAGGAGUCCAUCGACGCCCGCAAGGCCAGCAACAAUGGCAAGGAUUACUCGCCCACCUUUGUCGUUGUCGGUGUGCACUCCGACGAAGUGAUCAACGAGUGGAAAGGAGUCAACUACCCCAUCAUGAACAUCUUUGAGCGCGGUCUCUGUGUUUUGCAAUGCAAGUACAUCCAAGGCGUCGUCUUUGGCGCCCCAUUCACGCCGACCGUCGACUUCCUCACCUCCCUCCCCACGGGGACCCCGGUUGCCGUCUACCACGGCCCGACAUCGUUUAUGCAGCUUACCUUUGACCCAUACACCGGGCCCAAGUCCUUGGGUAUCUAUCGAGAGAUCGGCAACCACUCUUUUGCGCACGUCAACGCGGGCGAGAUCGUGCACCGCAUCAUGAAGAGCCGAGACAUGUACGAGGCCCGUCAGCGAGCCAAGGGAGUCAAGUCCGGGGUCGAAGCCGCAGCCAGGGAGCGGGAGAUUCUGGAAGAGGAGCAGCGAAAGAAGGAGGCCGAGAGACGAUAA